AUGGCAUCCAAAGUCCCCGCGGCACCUGUUCCGGCACAACAGGAAGAAAAGGCCGCUUCAAGUACGGUUAACAAUACACUUGCGCAAGUCCGGUCUUUUGUGGCAGGCGGUGUGGGUGGUAUUUGUGCUGUAGUGGUUGGCCACCCGUUUGAUCUGGUCAAAGUACGACUCCAGACUGCGGAGCGAGGUGCGUACACCGGUGCCAUCGAUGUGGUUAAAAAGACCAUAGCCCGAGAGGGUAUGGCAAGGGGGUUGUACGCUGGUGUCUCUGCUCCGCUCGUUGGAGUUACUCCAAUGUUUGCCGUUAGCUUUUGGGGCUAUGACUUGGGGAAAACGCUUGUCCGCAGCCUGUCCGAGGUCCCUGUUCACAACAACACUCCGCAGUUCUCUAUUGCUCAGAUAUCUGCCGCUGGCUUCUUCUCCGCGAUUCCUAUGACUUUAAUCACUGCACCAUUUGAAAGAGUGAAGGUGUUGCUUCAAAUUCAGGGACAGCAUCCACCACCGCCUGGUCAGAAACCGAAAUAUAGUGGCGGACUUGAUGUUGUUCGACAACUAUACAAAGAGGGUGGAAUCCGCAGUGUCUUCCGCGGGAGCGCCAUGACCCUUGCCCGUGACGGCCCCGGAUCUGCCGCCUACUUUGCUAUGUAUGAGUAUGUAAAGCGAAACUUAACACCCAAGGACGCGGACGGUAAUGUGACAGGAGAGCUAUCUCUACCCGCCAUUCUGACCGCAGGAGGAGCUGCUGGAAUAGCUAUGUGGAUACCCGUUUUCCCUGUUGAUACUAUCAAGUCACGGCUGCAGAGUGCGCCCGGAAAACCGACUAUUGGAGGUACCAUUAGAAGCAUCUAUGCAAGUGGUGGAUAUAAAGCUUUUUUCCCAGGCUUCGGCCCUGCUCUUGCAAGAGCAGUCCCUGCUAACGCAGCCACCUUUCUCGGUGUUGAAUUAGCUCAUAAGGCCAUGACUAAGAUGUUUGAUUAA